AAGAACAACAUGCAGUGAUAGAGUACGGAGCCGACCCGUCCCUGCGCAAUUCUCUGGAUGUUCCAAAACCCUCCUGCAGAAUUUCAAACAGCAAUGAGACGCUGAGAUGUCGCGCCAUCAAUGGCUGAAUAAGUUCCAUACUUCUCGUCGGGAUUCUCUCCUCCUUUGCACAGGUCACCGCUCUUCACUUGCUCAUCAGUUGCUCGCGUACAUGUCUAGGGUUACUGGUUAGGGUUCCGUCUAACAAGGGUUAGGGAAAUGUCACGCGAAGAGGACGAUGAUAUUGCCUCGGGACGGUCUAUGGCUGCCUGGAUCAGAGAGCGCGGGAUUGAUUUGAGCUCUGACCCUUAUUUGAUGCAUAGCCAUGGUAUGGAAGAAGCAGAUCAAUCUCAAUGUUGUUUUAGGACUCCGAGUCUUAAUAGGGUAGGAUAUGAGCUCUGUGAUUUUAAGAACUCUAGUUUUAGGUGUGACCAUGAAAUCGGGGGAUCUAGAGCUGGUAAAUAUGACAGUGUUGGGGCAGAGAGAUUGUUGAGGGCUUCUGAGCAUGAAUUUUACAAACAAAGGUUGCAGGACAAGAUGUCCGACCGAGGAGUAGCAGAAGUGGAUUUUGAUUUGGAUGGUCGGAGGAGUUUGGCUUCUUCGCCGCAUCAGAGGUGGAUUGGUCACCCGGACCCGAAUCUGCUGGGCAGAUUGACAGGCAUGGAGAUGUAUGGUAAGAGGGAAAGGAUUGAGGUUUAUUCUAAGCCCAAGGGUUUUAUAACAAGUGGUGGUUUAUCAUUUCGAGAUGAUAUGGAUAAACUGAUUGGCACUCAUCGUUUGAACUCUGUAGAAUUGAGAGGAAGAGUGUUUCUAGGUGAGAACAGAGAAGAGUUCAAUUAUGAAGAUAGAUGCAAUUGUAGAAGGACAAAGUGCCAUGACUAUUCGUACCGUUUGUCCCCCCAAGCAAGGCCUAAAGAAGAUUAUAGCUCUAAGUGGGUAAAAAGGAGGAGGAUUUUCCCUGAAUUGGGUGUUAGUCCAUCUAGAGUCUUGAACACAGAUAAUGAGAAGCUUGAUAUAUACCAUGCUAAUCCGAUUGGCUACAGUGUUUCUGAUCAUUGUAAUUCAGGGAUGAAUUUUGCUUUGAACUCUCCUUAUAGAACAUUGCCUUAUAUUGGACAUCCAGAUGAUAUUUAUCUGGACAACAGAAAUGCUCAUGCCAAGAAGCAGAACUUCAGUGAAAUGGAGAUGCCAAAUAUGUGCGUCCCGCGAGAAAUAUUGAACCGUGAAAGUGAUAAUGGUGACAAUGAUGCAUCUGGCAGGUCAUUGAAGAGGAGUUGUAGUUUGGUUGAAGAUAUGAACAUGCAUGGUUCUAGUGGGGAUUUGUCAAGGAAAUUGACUGCUACUAAUGAUGGAGUUCAUGGCGGUAAGGAUGAAUAUGAUGGUCAAAUAUUGUUGCCUAAGAGAUUGGAUCAUGAGUUUGAGCAGUGCAAAAAGGUCUGUCAUGCAUCUGAGGAAAUGGGGCCAAAAGAACCCCCUAUCAAGCAAGAUGAACCAAGGAAAAGACAGAAAGUUGAUCUGCCUACUCGUAAGAGGUACAUGGAACAAGGAAAGGCGGGUAGCCUUUCAUGUCUUGUUUGUGGGAAUAGAACAUUCAAGGAUACUCAAGCCCUAGGGGCACAUUGCUUUAUGUCACAAAAGGUUGACUUGAAAGCUAAACACUUGGGUCUUCUCACGGCAAUUUGUGUCCUGAUGGGAUGGAACGCCGUUGUGGGUCCAAACAUUACAGGACUUGCGGCAUGGCAGCCACGUCAGAUUCCUCAUUCUGCUGCUUUGGCACAAAGAGAGGACCUUAUACUAUGGCCACCCAUUGUUAUUGUUCAAAGCUGUACCAAAUUGAGCUCUGGUCCACAAGAACAUCAAGUCACAAGUAUAACAAGGGUAGAGGAGUGUCUGAGGGGCGAAGGUUUUAGUGCGAGUAAACUAAAGAUUUGCCUUGGGAAGCCUGAAAAUGGGAGCGUAGUUGUGGUGAAAUUCUUGGCCACGGCUUCGGGCUUGAAAGAAGCAGAGAAGCUCAGCUCCAUGGGUGGUUUCUUGAGAAGGGGCAUGGAAGGGGAGGCUUUAAUAAGCAAACUGCUUCUGAAAAGCAGGAAAAGAACCAUGAAGAACUUGAUCAGGAGACGACAAUGUAUGCUAGAAUCAUCAACAACGAGGCUCUGCACCGGCCUUCCCAUUGAGGAUUUUGCUACAGAUGACACUAAUGCUUACACCAUGACAAUGGAGACAGUGACUGUGCCAUUGUCUUUGGUGUCAACCUUGUGAUUAAAGUAGCAUUUCUUUUCCACUUAUUUUCCCACUACUUUUUGUUAUGUAGAACAUUGAACCCUUUUCUCUCCCAACACUUGUAUGGAGAAAUAGAAGUUGCUUUUGUUUUUUUUUGUUAUCAACUCCUAGGUGAGGGGUAGAAAGAGGGUUUUCAAACACAAGUGGUGUAUAAAAUGUACUAUGUAACAAAUUGAUACUCUCCCU